AGGGCCUGUUCGGUAAGCCGGAGACGUUCGCUUGCUCGCCAGCGUCAGCCACUCGGGGAAACCCGAGGGUGUGACACCGUGUGACAGCAAGCUGGCGAUGUUGGGGAUCGACGCCGUCUUCGCCGUCUUCGUCUCUGUACUGCGACUCGCACAGGCUGCGACUCUCACACUGCGCAUCAUGGGCGAGAAGGCCCACUGGACUGAUGCCGAUGUCUCCACCUUCCUGCAGGUCUUGAAGGAACACAAGGCCGAGGCUGGGGAUGGCGGGAACUUCAAGGCACCGACCUUCAAGAAGGCUUCUGGCGAGCUGGAGAAAUGCCGGACGAAAGGGGCCGUGAAGACAUGGACGUCUUGCCGAAACAAAUAUGCCAAGCUGCGCGAGACCUACAAGGUCGUGUACGACCUCUCGGUGCAAUCCGGGUUCCAUUGGGACAAUGAGAAUGGUGCCGCGAUAGACGAGGAUAGUGAGGCUGUGUGGCAGGCUUAUGUCGAGAAGCACCCCGAGGCUGAGCCCUUUCGCAACAAGGGGUGGCCGCACUUCGAGGAUAUGAAGGAGCUCAUGCCAUCGAAAGUGAAGGGUACCCAUGCCUUCCAUCCAGCCACGCAGAUGUCAGGACGCUCGGCGGAUGCGGGAGCCUCUCGCGAUGCCACGGUGGAUCGCUCGACGCCAGAACCGAGUGAUGAUGGUGAGGCUAAUGCAGCUCGUCACAGCACUCCGGUAGCCGAGGCCAUAGAGGACACGGAGCACCUUGAGCUUCCUGCGACUCCGCCACCACCACCGAAGCGCAAGGCCCCUGCGUCGUCAUCUACGUCGACCCAGAGCUCGAAGCGUAUGCGAGGGCCUGGGCAAGCCGCAGCCCUCAACAGUCUCCACGAGGAAUUCGGUGUAUUCAACGAGAUGGUACGCACUGUCAUGGCCCCUGACAUGAGCAGCCAGUCGACUCCGAGCCGCAAGGCCCGUGCUUUCAAACUCGCGCAGGAGGAGGAAGGGCUGGAUGCGGAUGAGAUGGUGUCUCUGCUGGACGUCUUUCGGAAGGAUGCGAGUGCUGCAGAUUUGUACGUUCAGAUCAAGGAUCGUGCUGUGCGUAGGAAAUGGGUAGACAGGCAGUUGGCUGGAACACUGUAGAUGCCUAAAUUACAUGUCCAUCAUCCCCUCUCCAAGUCCCUCCCUUUCCUGUAGAAGUGCCUGGUAAUCCUCCCACAUCUGAGUUGCAAUAGCAUCGCGCUUCGCAUUGGCACGGUC